AAUGGUAAACAGCGCUGGCUGGAAGUCACGUGUGGUUCUCCCUCGACAGCGCUACGUCACUUCAAGCGUUGAUUGGCUGAACCUUUCAGCUAUGGAGUGACCUGUUCUCCCAUUGGUCCUUUAUACUUGUCAAUCAUUGUCAGCUCCGCCCUAUGAUAAUGCAGCAUGGGCGAAAAUACCAGACUCGAAAGCUACAGCUGAGGAAGCAGAUCCUUUAAUGUCAAAGAUUUUGGACGUUUGAACGAAAGUGAUGUUCCAACAAUGCCGAUAGUGGAUAAACUCAAGGAGGCUUUAAAACCUGGCCGAAAGGAGACGGGCGAUGAGGGCGACCUCAACAAACUCUUGGCCUCUUCUGCAAAAAAGGUCCUUUUGCAGAAGAUAGAGUUUGAGCCUGCCAGCAAGGGUUUCUCUUAUCAACUGGACAGCCUGAAGAACAAGUAUGUGAUUCUCAACCCCAGGAAUGAGGGCGCUACGGGCCAGAAGGCCGCAGAGCCCCUCCAAAUAAAGAGGCAAGUGUCAGAAAACUCGGUCGGGGGCCAGAGCGAUGGGAUCCCAGCCCCCCAGAAGAUGCUCUUUCAAGGGAACAAGCUCACCCUUAAAUGGGAGCGUGUGUACAGGGUGGGAGCCGGCCUCCACAACCUCGGGAACACCUGCUUCCUCAACUCCACAGUGCAGUGUCUCACCUACACCCCGCCACUUGCCAACUACUUACUCUCAAAGGAGCACAGCCGUGCCUGUCAUCAGUCAGGCUUCUGUAUGAUCUGUGUAAUGCAGAACCACAUCAUCCAAGCCUUUGCCAACACGGGCAAUGCCAUCAAGCCUGUCUCCUUCAUCCGAGACCUGAAAAAAAUUGCCCGACACUUUCGCUUUGGCAGCCAGGAAGAUGCUCACGAAUUCUUGCGGUACACCAUUGAUGCCAUGCAGAAAGCUUGUCUAAAUGGAUACCCUAAGCUCGACAGGCAGACCCAGGCCACAACGCUGGUUCAUCAGAUCUUUGGAGGUUACCUCAGGUCAAGAGUGAAAUGCUCUAUUUGUAAAAGUGUGUCUGACACAUAUGACCCCUACCUGGACAUCGCUGUUGAGAUUCGGCAAGCAGCAAACAUCGUCCGAGCCCUGGAACUGUUUGUAAAACCUGAUGUACUAAGUGGAGAGAAUGCCUACAUGUGUGCCAAGUGCAAAAAGAAAGUGCCGGCAACCAAGCGUUUCACAGUCCAUCGAACGUCUAAUGUACUGACCCUCUCACUGAAGAGGUUUGCCAACUUCAGCGGAGGAAAGAUAACAAAGGAUGUUGGAUAUCCAGAAUUUUUGAACAUCCGCCCAUACAUGUCUCAGAGCUCAGGAGAUCCUGUCAUGUACGGUCUUUAUGCCGUCCUGGUGCACUCUGGCUACAGUUGUCACGCUGGUCACUACUACUGUUAUGUCAAGGCAAGCAAUGGACAAUGGUACCAAAUGAAUGAUUCAAUGGUGCACUCCAGUAACAUCAAAGUGGUGUUGAACCAGCAGGCGUAUGUGCUUUUCUACCUGAGGAUCCCUGAAACAAAGAAGAAUGCAGACGGGCAGUCAACCAAGCAGGGUGUGUUGCAUCCUGGGAAGAAUAGUGAACAGAUUAAGAGAGCCAACUUGAACGGGCCUCUGUCAUCCCCACAGGUCACAAAGAAACUUGAACCUGCACAACUGCGCAAGAUCCAGUCUAUGGACGGCGGUUUAGGCCUGCCCGUGUCCAGGAACGGCGUGAGCUCUCAGCAACAGCCCCGAAUUUCCAACUGGACGUCGUCCACCAACGGCCCACCCAAGCUGCCAGGUGGACCCACGGUUAUUGACGAACCUUUCAAGAAGCUGAAGAAGCCCGCUCCCCAGAGCCAAGCGCAGUCCCGCAGCAGCACUCCAACUCCUUCCAACAACGGGGUCAGCAGGACGGAGGGGGAUAAAAAGCAGGGUGGCGAAGGCAGAGGCAUGGCAGCGUCUACCUCAUUUAAGUCUUUGUCUGACUCUUCCUCUGCCGACACCGUUGACUCAAAGGACUCUGUGGGUCCCAAAAGUGCACCUGUAGGAGAGACUCCCUCCACCCCACGGAAAGGCUCCAACAGCGUGGCGUCCCCGGCCAAGAGCGUGGAACGCUCUCAGAGCACAGAGGAACAGAAGACGACGAAAAUCAAACCCCCCGCUCUCAACAACAUCUCAUCGGAAGCCACCAGCACCAUGUCGCCCCCGCCUGCCAAGAAGCUGGCACUGUCGGCCAAGAAGGCUCGCAGCCAGAACCCGAGCAGCAUUGAUGCUCUGCCCCCUUCGCAACGCCAGCUGUCCAGAGACCCCACACAUCAAAAUCAACUUAACUCCCUCAUCUUCGCUUCACCUUCUCACAAUCACAGAGCUGGUCCAUUCCAUUCUCCUGAAGUCCAGUCAUCACCUCAGCUUUUCAACCACUCGAGCGGAUCCUUUAAACAGCAGAGCCCUCACAAACAGUCCCCUCUCUCCACACUGCAAAAACCAAACCCCAGCCUUUCUCUUAAAACAAACGGGCUUCACAGUGCCAGUCCAAAGAGCCCCAAGUUUUCCAACAACCUCAGCUCCCCAGUGAAAGAGGCAGACCUUGUUAGCCCUGCAGCUCAAAAGAAGAAGAAGAAGAAGAAGAAGAAGCGGCGUCACUCAGAGGUGGAGGAUGAAGCUGAGCCAGUCCCAUCUCCAGCUGCUGAAGUGACACAAACCAACUUUGAGGAAUCAGCGAGCGAGAAGAAGAGGAAGAAGAAAAAGAAAAAGCGAAAGAGGGAGAACGAAGAUGGAGGCGAAGAGAAGAAGAGAGAGUGCGUGCCGACUCAUUUGGACACAUCAAACCAGGAGGAGGAUUGGUGUCAGGGCGGCAUCUGGAGUCUGACAUCGACUUCAGGUACAGAGCAGACGCAGCAGAAGCCUCAGGUAGAUGCUGCAGCUCUGCAGACGCAGUGUGAGCCUAACCAGAGCGAGCAGGAGACGGACUCUGUGAGGUUAAAGAAGAAGAAGAAGAAAAAGAAAAUGAAACUGUUGGAGUCUUUGCAGGAUACAGCUUCAGCGUGCACUGCAACAGAGAGCGCUUCAGAGAUGAAGGCCACAGUUGUACAGAACUAUACAGGGGAUUUGACGGUGUUGAAAAAUAAAUCAAAGACGAAAAAGAAGAAGAGGCUAAAAGAAGAGGUGGGGCUGUGGGAAGAGAGCAGGCGAAACUCUGAUGUGAAAAAGGAGGAAGAGCUUGAGGCAGCAGCGGAGCCCCCUUCCAAAAAGAUCAGCACAGAGAACGGCAGUCUGAGUAAACAGAGUGAAGCCUCAGUGAUAAUGUGGGACAGUCAAGUGAAGGAUGGCUACAAACGCAGCCAAGCUCCAGCAGCUGACACUGACAGUGACAAAACAACCCGAGCUGCUCCUGCAGCCUGGGAUGGAAAAAAGACCAGUGGGGUGGUGGAGGAGCUGCUCAGGAAUGCCACAGAUAAAGCCUACGGAGCCAACGUCCUCAGUUGGGAUGGAGAGGUCUCUGCUAUAAGUAGAGAUGCUGCUGAAGAUGUCCGUAAUGCCCAGUGUGACACUGUGAUCGAUGAGUGGGAUGAAGACUUUGACAGUGGAAAGGUGAAGAAAAUCAAAAACUAUAAAAGAGAAAAAUGGAGAGGCGGCAGCAGCAUCUUCCAGAAGAUCCAGGACAGGCGGAACAAGUGGUCUGUGACACCUGGAGGGAAGAGAGUUUUUGGAGUCCGACGCUGAGAGUCUAGAUUGCUGUUGAUGUCAUGCUGACUGGAAUCGGAGACAAAAACACUGUACACCAAACUUCUGUUCCUUUCCUCCAUCUUUUUUUUCUUUUCAAAGUCUCUUUAUCGUGUUCAGUUUACAACAAAACACCUGAAUUUCAUUUGAGCCUAAAGCAGCAUAGAUUACAUAGAUGGUUAACUCAUCCAAUCUCAAUUUUAUACAAACAUGAAAUGUUGUUUACAGGUUUUAGUAAGAAUGGCCAGUGAGAUUUGACCACUUAGAUCCACUUUUAAACAACCUCAAGACAGAAGAGGCUCAAGCUUUUCUCUGCAAAUUCAACAGGAGUACUCGCAGCUCAAUGAUGGCUCCUUUUGAAGCCUUGGCUAUUGCCUCAAUAUUCUAAAGCUGCUAUAAAAUAAAUACACAUUUUAGGCUAAGGAUUAAAACCUAAAACUUUAUCUGUCUCAUAAUGAAAUCGAGUAAAAAUCCAUGGAGUGAACUUUUACAGACAUAAGGCCUGAGAGAUUAGAGAUCUUCCCCCUGCUUCUAAAAUAAUAAGUCGUAAAUUUCAAAGAUCCAAAACAAGUUAUUUUAGAUUUCUGUACACAUCUUUUUGUAUUUUAUUACAUUAUUUACUAUUAUUUUACUUUUCUGCAGUGUCUGUGCCAUGGGGCUUCUUUUUAAGGACCAAAUUUUGCCUCCGUAUUGUUGGUAGAAUGAGGGUUUAAGAUUGCCACCAUGUUUUAAAAUAUGCAUGUCUGAACUGGUUCAAAAAUGAAAUUGGGUGAAUUCAGGUUUUUUUUGUUUUGUAAUGUUGCUUAUAUGCACCCCCCCCCAAUUGAAUAGAUAUUUUAAACCACAAAAAAGAUGCUCUAUGGUAUGCAUCAAUAAUUCAACUGUGGAAAAUGAAAAGCAAAUCAUUGGACUUUGAGAUCCCUCACAUCUGGAUGUUUACUGGGACUCAAGUGUUUUUUGACUGUAACAGCAUGGUGCAAUUUCAGAGUUCAGGUUGGGGUUGUUGGAGGAACUCAGACGGGAGCCUUUUUAUUCUACUGUGCAGCUAUUCAACGCCGUAGCUCAUCUCAACAGUCCAGUGUUCAGAAUCCCUUGAUCUGAAGAUUGAACUGUUCCAUCUCCAUAAACUGUAGUCACAUCAAAGGGUUACACUUCAUACUUUAGGCACUGUGUUAGAAUGGGACUGCCACAUGCUGACACUUUCUUUUUCCCUUGUCCGUUAUAUCUCUAUGCAAUUUUCUGACAGUCAUGCUGGUCUCCUCGAAACUGGGCUAAGACUCAGGAACCCAGACGUCCUACAUCCCAUAUUCAUCUCUGAUCAGACUCCCCUGAGUCAAAUCAGAGUAUUCCCUCUCCCUGAACGAACAUUUUGCAUCCUGUACAUCCUGUAGAAACUGUUUUAUACAAACUAUUUCAGGUGUGGAAACCAUUGGAACAUCUUACACCAACCCAGGCACAGAUGUUUAGAGUAAACAACAUUAAAACAAAAUGCUUUGCCAUGGUAGAAGACUGUACAGUCCAUCUUGUGCUACCUGUUUCCCUCCAACGCUGUAAAGAUCUGCCCAUGCAUUUCUUUUCAUUCUAGAGAUGUUGCCUUGAAUUGGCUAUAAAAAGUAUAGGAUUUAAUGUUAUAAAUAUAUAAUUUAAAGAAGAAAAGACAGAUCUUUAAUGUGCUACUAAUACUCAGAUCAGUCGGUGGAUAUUAACCUGAGAAUUAAUCUGCAAAUGUGUUAGUUCAUUUGUGUAUAAGAGAGUUGUCCGAUUUCAUGCAAGACCUUCCCUCUGUCACUGUAGUGUGUACAGUACAAGAGAAGCUACCACAGUCUGAUUUUCAUAGGAUGUUCUUGUCGGCUGUGAAAUCGAAGUAGUUUGUGACUCUCAAACUGACACAGAGGAACAUUUACCGGUGUGCGGAUGAAUGAUUCACAUGUUUGCAUUGAUGGUUCUAUAUUUGGCACCACCUUUUCUGACCAGGGAGGAGACCUUUCAUAAUGAAAGCGGCUCUUACCACACUAUGGGUAACUAUAAAGGUGCAAUAAAGUUGUGACUUUUGUGA